UUUUAUUUUGUCCAUAGGGGCCAGGAGAGUGCUGGAAUUGUGACAAGUGAUGGCGAGUCAUCCCAGGCAUUCAAGGUGCACAAGGGAAUGGGUCUUAUAAAUCACGUCUUCAAUGCAGACAGCCUGAAGAAGCUGUACCCUUCAAACCUUGGUAUUGGGCACACGAGGUAUUCCACCUCAGGAAUUUCUGAGCUGCAGAAUUGCCAGCCUUUUGUUGUAGAGACUCUUCAUGGGAAGAUUGCUGUGGCACACAAUGGGGAGCUAACAAAUGCUGCACAACUAAGAAGGAAGCUUAUGCGGCACGGUGUGGGACUGUCAACCAGCUCUGACAGUGAACUGAUCACCCAGCUGCUGGCUUUCACACCUCCGCUGGAAAACGACGAUACGGCCGACUGGGUGGCAAGAAUAAAAAACUUAAUGAAGGAAACUCCAACUUCAUAUUCAUUGCUAAUUAUGCAUAAAGACAUCAUCUAUGCAGUACGUGAUCCGUAUGGGAAUCGCCCGCUCUGCAUUGGUCGCCUUAUUCCAGUAGGGGACAUGAAUGGAAAAGGAAAAGAUAACACUGAAACAGAAGGAUGGGUUGUCUCUUCUGAAUCCUGUAGCUUUUUGUCUAUUGGUGCAGAGUACUAUCGGGAGGUCCUUCCUGGAGAGAUUGUGAAAAUAUCCAGACAUGAUGUCCAGACAUUGGAUGUUGUACGAAGACCUGAAGGAGAUCCAUCAGCAUUCUGCAUCUUUGAAUACGUUUAUUUUGCAAGACCAGACAGUAUUUUUGAAGGUCAGAUGGUAUAUUCAGUCCGCAGAAGAUGUGGGCAGCAGCUUGCUAUCGAAGCACCUGUGGAAGCAGACCUGGUCAGCACUGUUCCAGAGUCUGCAACCCCAGCAGCUCUUGGCUAUGCUCAAAAGUGUGGACUACCAUAUGUUGAAGUACUCUGUAAAAAUCGAUACGUAGGGAGAACAUUUAUCCAGCCAAAUAUGAGGUUACGGCAACUUGGUGUUGCAAAGAAGUUUGGUGUUCUGUCUGAUAAUUUUAAAGGCAAACGAGUUGUUAUCAUUGAUGAUUCAAUUGUGAGAGGCAAUACCAUUUCACCCAUAAUAAAACUACUGAGAGAAUCAGGAGCCAAAGAGGUGCACAUCCGUGUAGCUUCACCUCCGAUAAGAUUUCCUUGUUACAUGGGAAUAAACAUUCCAACUAAAGAAGAACUCAUUGCCAACAGACCUGAAUUUCAUGAUCUGGCAAACUAUAUAGGAGCAGACAGUGUUGUCUAUCUUUCUGUGGAAGGGUUGGUAUCAUCUGUGCAAGAAAGCAUCAAAGCAAGACAAGACAACCCUAAAACCCACAAGUCAUUUAUUGGAAAGCUUGGUCAUUGCACAGCAUGUCUCACUGGAGAUUAUCCCGUUGAGCUGGAAUGGUGAACUUUUAGUGGAUGGACAUCAGUUCAUAUGUUGUUGAAUGUAACUUUCAAUGAUGCCUUCUUGCAUUUAGGUCAAACAGAAGCCUUACAGCAGCUAACUAAUUACUGUUACUCGAACACAUCUUUAAGUAAAGACUUACAGAAAGUCUGAUGUGCUGAUGAAAACAAUGUAAGCAGAUUAAAAUACAAAAUCAUGUAGUUUUGAUGCACA